UUCAUGGCAUCCUUGAACAGCCCGAAAACAGACAGAUCAUGAAUGUCCUGCAAAAGCGCCCCAAGACUCCUACGCUCAAACACUACACCAUAAACUACCUCAGAGACACUACGAAGUCAUUUGAUUACACCCUGGCGGUGCUCAGAAAGUUAGAGCGACAGGCUAGGGGAGAAGUCGAGAGACUUGGUGGAAACCCAAUGUUAUCAGCCAUUUUGGACAAGCUUCAUGUUGAUGCAUGAAAUGCUAUGCCCUUGUUCUGUACUGUAUCGUUAUGGCUAAGUCGAUACUCGCGCAUAGAUGGUAUGUGCUUGCUACUGUCGUACUAUGGUGUGGAUCUGAAGACUCAGUGGCCUCGAAUGCCCUUCCGUUCUAAAAUGCAUAGGAACGGGCCGCGGGGGAUGACGGAUGGCCAGGCAUUGCCAUCGUUUUGCCGUGAUAAAAUAAGCAGCUAUAAGCAAAAUAAUUCGCCGUCCACAGUCGGGCGCCACAUGGAUCGUCCGAUAGCACUGGCAACAAUGUUGCUUCUCUCAGUCUGGAAAGAUCGCACACCUCGUUCAAUUGAUACUUGGAAAUUUGAACUCCUUUGUUCGGGAGCAACUUGCACGUGACAGAAUGAGGAUAAGACGACUGGGCGGACAACUCAUAAGGGAGUAUGUACACACUCGUGCGUGCGCCUACAAAAUUGAUGCAACAACGUG